GCGAUUAAACCUCAAUUAACAAAUCGACGAGCAACGCAACCCACCAAUUCCAAGGUUCCAGAAGUUGUUGCUACCGAAGACACAGACGAGAUCAUCUUAUCAAUGAUUUGGAACAAGAAUCACCUUGGCGCCGCAUAUUACAACAUAGCCACAUCUGAAUUAUUCGUAAUGGAGGACACUCCUGAAGAUACCGAACGAUUCGACUUAUCGAGAGCUCUGUACAGGCAGUGCCAGCCACAAUACUUGGUCACGAUCGCUGGCGCGCCACUUAUCUUCCUCAAUGCUGUAAAAAAGAUGUUGAUGGAAACAAUGAACAGCGAAAGGGAGUCUUUGAACUCGAACGAUCGCGUGCGCAACACCGUGUUGAAGUUGGUGGGCAAGAAGGAACACAAUUACGAACGAUGCGCUCACAGAGUAAGGUGUCUUCGAUUGGAGUUCGAGCCGAGGAACGCGAGCAACUCUGUCAGGCUUACUUUCUUAAACAGCAUGUUGAAUUUCAAAUGCCACGCCAUGAUUCACGCGCUGGGGUUGCUGUUGUUGUUCGUCGACAGGCACUGGAACAACAUCGCCCUGGAUCCAUCUGGAAAACCAUCCUUUGUAGCGCUCAAUUACGUCACGUUGCGCGACCUGGUCAUGUUGGACGACGAUACUUACAAAGCGUUGAGCAUCGUUCAAGCCAGGGAUCACCCGAGCCUCUUUAAGUUUGGAAAAACGACCACAACAACGAAGGGAGCGAGUCUUUUCGCUCUAUUGAAUCGCUACUGCCACUCGAGACCUGGGUCACAGUUCCUAUGGAAAACGCUGCAGCAUCCAACGCGAAACCUCGAGGUGCUUCAAGAUCGGUUGGACGCGGUCGAAUUCUUCCUGAAUCCAGCCAAUCAAAGCGUGGUUGAGAAUUUGUCGUCCUGUUUGAAUCACGUGUACCGUUUGACGAAUGCCGUGCUGGCCUGCUGCUCCGGGUCACAGGCUAAAGCGUCGAAUUGGUACAAAUUGCACAAGGUAAUCAUAGCGCAAAGAAAUACACAUUUUCUCCAUAGUGGUAACAAAUUCAUUUAUAUCCAGACUGUCUCCCACGUAAUUUGCAUCGGCGACAUAUGCGAGAAUUACGCAGAGAGGAUCGGCAUUUGCAAACGAAUCGCUGAAAGCAUCACGAACGAAUCGCAAUACGUGAAAUACUUCAUCGAGUACAUAGUGGACUUCAGCGAAAGCAGGCGAGAAGGAAGACUCACGGUGAAACCGAACGUUGAUCCCUUGCUGGACGAAUUGAAUCACGUACGCCGCACUUUGCCCGAGCUGCUCACGCGAAUGGGAGAGAAGGACAUGCGAGAGCAUCUUCCAACAUCCGUCGAAAGUUGUAACAUGUUAUAUUUGCCAAACAUCGGCUACGUCUUGGCUGUGACCAAAUGGAAUCCAACUCCACCCGAUGACGUGGUGUUUCGAAAUUUAGAAUUUAAAUUUAGUAUAGACAACGUGAAUUACUACAAGAGCUCUUCAGCAAAAGGUAGCUACGAAAACUUGGACUGUCAACGCGGUAUCUUCUUCUUCCCAACUAAUUGCUUUGGUUCAGAGCUGGACGAGACCGUGGGGGACAUCAUCUUGAAGAUAGCGAUUCGACAAAAUCACAUCGUGCAGAAACUGAUACGUUUCGUGAAGAAGCACAUCGCACAGAUUUUGCAAGGGGUCCAACUAUGUGCUGAACUGGACAUGCUGUUGGCGUUUUCGAAGGUGGCGCGCGAUUACAAUUACGUCAGGCCAAUGAUAACGGCGUCCAAGAUUAUAGAUGUACAGGAAGGACGACAUCCGAUCCUGGAAUGUUUGACGACAUACGUCCCGAACGACAUUCGCUCUGGGAACGGUGGGAGCCUGAUCAAGGUUAUCACGGGCCCAAACUCCUGCGGCAAGAGCAUAUACCUUAAACAGAUAGGACUUGUGAUAUUCAUGGCUCACAUAGGAUCCUACGUCCCCGCAAAAUCGGCCACUAUAGGGAUGGUCUCCCGUAUCUUGACUCAAAUGUUGAACACGGAGAGCGUGGGACUGUAUGCCAGCUCGUUCUUGCAAAACCUGAGACAAAUCAAUGUAGCCAUUCGUGCGUCUACAUCGGAUAGCGUCGUGUUAACCGACGAAUUGGACAAAGGAACAUCCGAAAAUAGUGGAUGGCCGCUUGUUGCAGCCGUGUUGAAUUCAUUCGCCGAAAGGGGCAAUAACUGUCCUCAUGUGUUCGCCGUGACGCAUGCCCACAGUAUCCUGGAAUUUCUCCCUCGAACGCCACUAAUCGAACGUCAGACUUUCGAGUACAUAAUGAACGAAGACGAAACCGUGGCCUUUCUGUAUCGAAUGGUUAAUGGUAGCACGACGAGCAGCUUCGCUCACUAUGUGGCAAAAAUUGCAGAAUUGAACAAGGAUGUCGUGAAGCGUGGGUUCGAAGUGUUCGAGAAAAUUAAAGAGGGAUCUCUCCCAUCGUGUGUUAUCCAACGCUCGGACACGUUAAAACGGAUCGUUCAAUUAUCGAGAAAGACUACGAAUUGCAAUUUAGAAGAAUUGAAAUCGUUAGUGAAACUAGCUGUGCUUCCAAAAGUAACGAACAACGAGUAAAAACCCGAGGAGAUCGAAUCCGAUUGAGA